UUGUAACGUGCAGGAGUCGCUUCGCCUCUGUCCACCGUUUCCGUUGAUAGGCCGGGAACUAGAUGAGGAACUCGUCAUUGAUGGUUACACCGUGCCUGCCGGGACGACGUGCAUGAUCAACAUUCACAGCCUGCACAGGAACAAGGAGCAGUUCGCCGACCCAGAAAGCUACGUUCCCGAGCGCUUUUUGCCGGAGAACUGCAAGAACAUGCACCCGUUCAGCUUCAUUCCUUUCUCCAGUGGGGUCAGAGUGUGCCUGGGGCAGAAAUUCGUGAUGGUGGAAGCAAAGGUCUUGUUGGCGAAGCUUCUCUCGAAAUUCACGGUGGAGGCGACACUGCCGAUCGAAGACGUGAAGCCAGCCUACGAGGUCGUCCUCAAAGCGAGGGGAGGACUCCGUGUCUGGUUCCGAAAACGCAGCGACUCGUUCUGAUCACUGGCGUCGUCACAAUUUCGCUCAGUGUCUGCGGCAGCAAGCCACGGAGACUGUCGAGCUUCGACUGCGCAUCUCUACGCAGAGAGAAACGAAGUGCCUUUUUAAGUGAGGUUUCAGCCAUACAGCGGGAUGAGAUUCUAUAGUGAACAUCACAUAAGUAAUACGCAGCGCUUUGCGACUUCUCGCAGCACACAACCUUGUCAUGCAGGUUUUACAAGCGCGAGUUAGUAACGCUUCAUAUUAGAUAUACAACACAGCCCUCAGAGACAGGGAUGGCACACACUGUCAUUGUUGUACUCGCAAGUGACGGGUUUAUCGAGGCAUUCACAUAAGAAGCAUAAAUGUUGACGUGAACGGGGUUGCCGCAACCAGCAAAUGUUUCGCGAACACGAGGCGUAAAUAUCAGGCUUCCUGAGAAACAGUCACACAUGCAUUCAUGCAUAUUUGCGAAGAAAAUGAAAACUGUGUUAGCCAAAUUUCACUUGACAAUUGCAAAAUCUCUUUAUCACUCUCUCAUAACAUUCUCAUAAAGAUCAUACAACGAUAUUCAUUUUUGAACACAUAGCAUUUAUGUCACUAAUUUGGUUUUAGGAUAAAGUGAAGUUUAACAUCUCCAUAAAAUAUUUGUUUCCUCGUUCGUUGCGAACACAUGUCUCAAGUUCUUAAAUAUUAAGCGCGGACAGAAAUAAAAUUUGUGAAGGGGAGUCUUAAAUGACGCAACAAACUAAUAGGGGACGGAGAAACGAAAGACAGUACACUUAGACAUAUACAGGUGGUUCUCGUUAAAUGAUAAGUGCGGUCUGAGGAAAACGAGGAAUAAAACACGAGAAACAACAAUUCGCACUUCUUCCCUGAUGCAGGAGAACAAUGGUCGCUCGUUACCCCACGACACGCAUGCCGAGAAGAAACGAAAAAAAAAAGCACUCCUUCGUGAACUCUCGUAAUUGGGGGUACGGGCUUUUCCGCUUCUUCUCACGUGCGGUGUCCAGUGCCACUGGUUUGACGUAGUCGCACCUUCGACGUAAAAUGUGCCGGAAAAGACGAGAAAUAAAAGCAGGAAAAGUUGUUUCGUCUGAGUCCUAAAAUAACUAGAUUUCUAUUUUCUUCUGUUAUUUAUAUGCAUAUUUUUAAUUUACAUUGCCCACUACUGCGAGCAUAGGCUUUCAAGGGUUGUGAUGAACUACAGCAGUUAUUUCAGGAACUCAUUCUGUCCACCCAGGUUGUGAUUUGACCUUGUUCACAUGUAUUCCGUGUUCAAAGCUCAUGUCAAACAAUCGAGCAUUCCUCAACUGGUAUGUAAGCGGCAAGCUUUUAAUGCCUUUUUCUCUCUCUUUCUCCUUCGUUUAUUUUUUCAUUUCUUUCUGCGGGAGCGAAAAGGCUCUACCUUGUGUGCGUGGUCGACACCUGGCUAUAUGUGGACUGCAGGCAUAAUAUGAUUGUGAGAAAAAUAUGAUACGCAGUAAUAGAGACAAUGAAAGAAUGGUAACCGAGUUAACUGUUUGCGCAUGACAAUAAGUGGUAGAUCAUGUGAUUUUUUUUAGCUGGGAGACGCUAACUUGCGUCAUCCACGUCACUCCGUAAGCUGCUAAAUCUGCCGAAAUGUUAAAAUUCUAAUUUACUCGCAGUAAGAUAAGCUGCGUUUCGCAACACACACUUUACAUUUCCUUUCUAUUAAAAUACUGACGUAAUGGUCCCACAACGUUGGGAAAGCAGUGUUUAUGUGCUGCUUUAUUUUCUCGUGGUGCUGUGGAACAGGGGAUGUUCAUUUUAUAAAUGAGCAAAUAAGCAGAAUUGAA